CUCUUCGGCUCCUUACACCUUGUGUCAAUAGCAAAAUAGCCAGUAGCACUGAAAAGGAAAGCAAGAGUCCCAAAAUAAGAGGAAAUUAUGGAAGAGGAUGGAGUUGUCGUGGCCAGGAAUGCCCUGAUGGAGGCUUUGGGGGAGAAUUGGGCGAAAUACCUCAAUUACCUCAGUAUGUGGUUCCGGAAUAACAACUUUACGCAGGAAAUGUUCGACAAGGAAGCCCGGAAGCUGCUCACAAUUGAACAGAUGCACCUCCAGAAUCAAUUUAUCUGUGCUAUCAUAAGGAAAACUUGUGGUUUCACCCAAUCAGUUGCAUUGAAGAGCAUCCAAGCACCCGUACAACCGGAAAAGUGUCACAACAGUGUGAAGAAGAAGCGCAAGAGGAGUUUCCGGGCAUCUGAGAGGGCAACCUUUGAACCAGCUCCUGUGUAUGAUUACCUUCCGGCUGAACCCACGCAGGAUACCCAACAUCACAAUUCGAAUUAUCAACAGAGAUUUGUUGCGCAGGAAUUAUUUCUGCCCGAUAGUGCUCUAAUUAUGGGACGACUCCUUGUGGGUGCAUGGGAAAUUGGUUUAGUGAAUGUGGAGGAUUCAGCAGCGGAGAUGCUCAGUGUUGCUGUGCAGAUGCUCCUCAAGAACAUCCUCUCGAUGAUCUUUAUGAAGAAGAAGAUGUUCAAAACAACCUCCGAAGGGGAUUUCUUCUACGACGUUGGGCAUCCAGUGAAGAAUCCCUUCCUCCGGAAUACCGUCACACGGCAAAAGAUUGACGAUGGACCCGUGGACAUACGGCGGGAGAUCACCCUCGUGGGGAAUGGUACGAAAAUUCCCAUUGACGACACGGUGUACCUGGCUGAAUGCGGAGAAGUUUUACCACCAAAGCAUCACAGUAUCACCGUUCAGGAUCUCUAUAGAGCCUUCCAGGAUCGCAAUAUUAUACCUUCGCAUUCGGUGUACUCCAUCAAUGCAGAGAGGAUAAGCAAUAGUCUCGGCUAGCGUCUACAAAAUCUGGUUCCUCCAGCAACGAAGAAUUCUGCAGAAAUUUACUACAUAUGGCGAAAGAAAAUGUUGGCUGAAGCAUAAAAGAUUUAUGUUCUCACCUAAUGCUGUGAAGUCAAAACACCCUUCUCUUUAAAUCUUGAAUCCAGCUGUAACUAAUAUUAUACAGAAAGAGGAUAUUUGUUAAUUUACUGGAAGAAAGUUAAUAUUAAAAAUAAAAAAAAGAAACUCAAAGUUCAUUGUACAAAGUGUAUUAAAUAAAAAUUUUUCUUUUAUAA